GCAGUACAAGCCGCGUGAAGCAGCACGUGCGGAGCUUUAAGCAAAGCCGAAAUGAGCCUGAAAUGCUGGAUGAUGAACACGUUCCGAAUGGGAAGACGCAAGGAGAUGCGUAGUCUUAGCAAACUAGCUUCUUUGGAAGAGUAAAAAAAUAUAUACCUGUGCUCUUUGGUGAGAAUGAAUGUGGUGAGAUUCGGCACCAGUACCACAAGUAACGCUACAUCCACUACCCAGCAAAGUUCAUGUCAUCCAGCUCAGACCACAGAGGCGACAGCUCUUUUCAUCAUAGCCAUGCUUGGUGUCGGGACUAACGCCUUCUUAAUGAUGCUUAUAAUGCUUAAGCGACCCCUCAGAAGGUGGUCCCAAGGGUUGUUGUUCCACCAAGGUCUGGUAGACUGUGCUCGGGCAAGCCUGCUGGUCCCUUUAGCUGUCAGCGUUAUGAUGUGCCAAAGCUUAUCUAAAUGUUCAGUGCUAGAGACAGCCUUUUUGUUAUUGGUCACUGUGUCUACAGUCAAUCUCUUGACAUCUGUCAUCAAUGAUGCACCCCUGGUUCCUGACCUAAGCCAGCCUUUGUUGGAGAACAAUCAAAACAACGUAGAAUCUCGUGGAAUUCCUCUAGAUAGUCGCCAAUGUAUAGCUUUCGGAUUCUUCAUCAUCUGGUUUGCCAGUAUCACUAUUAACCUCGGCCCCACAUUCCUCAGUGGCGCCCUCUCAGGUGGCCGAGAGUCAGGACAAGGAGAAGUUUGUCCCAUGGUGUAUGGACCCGUUCGCCACUAUGUCCUGAACGUACUAUGGGUGUCAGUCAACAUGCUCUGUAUUUUACUGACCGCUGUGCAUCUGCGGAAGAUGCAUCGGGACCUAACCAGGUCCAAUCUCGAGGCCAUCAGAGUAGCGAGUCUGGUGACCACUAUGAUCUCAGUGCAGUCAGAGCGUGAGACGGGAGAACACCAACACAUACAGAAUUAUAUACACAGGCUGGAACGUGAAGGGCUCCAUCGUGUGAAAAUGUUUGUUGUCCUCCUCGUGGCUUACGUUAUCUUCUGGGGUCCUCUCUUCGCUAUUACACUCGCCCAGCCAGGACUGGACACGGCCUCUUUAACGUAUCAGGUCAGCCUACACGUAGCUUUCGUGCAUGCAUUUGUAAACCCAACCUUGCUGUUGAUGUUAAACAGAGAAUUGCGCCAAGCUGCAUCAGAUCUACUGUGUUGUCGGUGUUGCGUGAGGAACGAAGACAGUAUUCCUCACUACCGAGCAACGUCUUCUCUACAUCUAAACCAUGGGUACAUGGAAACAACCUUAUGACUAUGAGAAAUUCAACGUUUGAAGACCAUUUUAUGUAGGUUCCAGCUAGGACAGCUUCUCUGACCAACUGCAAAUUCAUUUUCAAUUUCAAUUCCAGUACAACUUACGCUUCACUUUCGUUUUGCACUCGAUGCAAUUUCAAAAUAUGGCCAUUAGGAGCAUACUAUUUCUGGUUUAUCUUAAACUUGACAUUCGUCUUAUAUUCAUUAUAUUUUACGCAUAUAUCUAGCACGUAAUCGGCUAUUGAAAUAGCAGAAUAAUUAAACUUUUCUAUAGUCAGCUUCAAACGUAUUUCCACUCUCGUCUACAUUGUUGUCUCCAUUUUCAUUUCCAUCCAUUCCCGCUUUUAUGAUGAAUCGAUCAGAUAUCCUAAAAUGAGGCAAUGGGAGAAGAAUUUAGACUCUCAAAAUAAUAAAGCACUGGGAAAAACAAAUAUAAACAUUACUUUUAAAGUGUUUGUGUCAGUCUUGAUUCUGCUUCGGAUUAUCUUUAAAAGGUAGGUUUUUACUCAAAAUAACGAUGAGUGCUAUAUAUAUCUGAGUGUGUGUGGAUUUACAAUAUAUUUCGGAAUGCGUCCUCUUUUACAAAGUAUUGUUGUUAAAAUUCAAUUUUCAGUUAAGCGCUUAACCUGCUGUUAAGAAAGGUGCAUUGUUUUGCAAAAAAGUAACAUUUCUAUAGGGUUUGAAAUGACAUUAUUAAUACUGUCACAUUCCAUAACAAUAGUGUUACAUUACAAAAACAGUUUCGUAAUCAUCCAAUCAAAAA